AACAGUACAAGCGGUCGACGAUAGAGUUGAGGUGCGUUAACCGGCGACUGCGGGAAAGAGCGACGCUCACCACAGAAACCGCGUUUCAAAGCCCAGUUUCUGGGUGUAACAGAUUUACUUUUAUUUCAGGUCGUCGGAUAAGAAAGCCCGUUUGAGUGGAUAAAACCGAACCAGCGAGGAGAAAGGCGGAUUGUUUCUAGAUUUUAGUCGGGAUUUGAGAAUGUCGGGGAGCCGAGAGGAGGAGCGGCGGAAACUCGCCGACAUCAUCAACCACUGGAACGCCAACCGGCUCGACCUGUUCGAGAUCAGCCAACCGACCGAGGACUUGGAGUUCCAUGGCGUGAUGCGUUUUUACUUCCAGGAUCGAGUGGCGGGGAACUUUGCCACAAAGUGUAUCCGAGUGUCCAGCACGGCGACCACGCAGGAUGUGAUCGAGACGCUGGCGGAAAAGUUCAGACCGGAUAUGAGGAUGCUGUCUUCUCCCAAAUACUCCCUCUAUGAGGUCCACGUCAGUGGCGAAGAGAGGAAACUGGACUUGGACGAGAAACCACUGGUCGUACAGCUGAACUGGAACAAAGAUGACAGAGAGGGCCGCUUCGUACUCAAGAACGAGAACGACAUCAUGCCCAAGAGAACACUGACAAAUGGCCCUGAGAAAGAGAAGGAGGGGGUGAUCCAGAACUUCAAAAGAACACUGUCCAAGAAGGAGAAGAAGAAAGAGAAGAAGAGGGAGAAGGAGGCCUUUUCCAGAAUUCCAGAUGGAGACGAUCACACACUGAACCGCGAGGAUGGAGAGAACUCCAGAUUGGCUGCUGAGGUAUAUAAAGACAUGCCAGAGACCAGUUUCACAAGGACCAUUUCUAACCCCGAGGUGGUGAUGAAGAGGAGACGACAGCAGAAGCUGGAGAAGAGGAUGCAAGAAUUCCGCAGCGGAGACGGUCGACCGGAUUCAGGAGGGACUCUGAGGAUCUACGCCGAUAGUCUGAAGCCAAACAUUCCCUACAAGACCAUCCUGCUCUCAACUACUGAUAUGGCUGACUUUGCUGUGGCCGAGGCUCUGGAGAAAUACGGGCUGGAGAAGGAAAAUCCCAGAGAUUACUGCAUCGCCCAGGUGAUUCAUGCAAAUGAUAAACCAGUGAAGGAGACCAUACUAGACGACACAGAUUGCCCUCUGCAGAUCCUCAGAGACUGGACAAGCGAUAAAGAGGCCUUAGUGUUCCAACUGAAAAAGCGUCCUCCAGACUACGCUCCAAGGAAAGGACGUAAACCCGACAACAGGAUGGGGCCGCCUCACGGAUCCAUUCCUCCCGAGAAACUGCCCUACCUGGUUGAACUGAGCCCAGGGCGAGGGAGUCAUUAUGCCUACUACUACCGUCAUCAUGAAGAUGGGUCAGACUCCAGGGAUAAACCCAAACUUUACCGACUACAGCACAGCCUCACUGAGGUCGGAUCUGACCGAAGUGAAGAUGGAAGCAUUCAACUGUUUGGGCCUGGGAUUCUGCCUCACCACUGUGACCUGAUGCAUGCGGACGGGCUUGUGACCGUGACCCCUGUCAGUUUGGACGCUGAGACGUUCGUGGAUGGACAGCGGAUCUCUGACACUACGGUUCUGCGCAGCGGCGUGACGGUCCAGUUCGGAGCCAUUCACGUCUUCAAAUUCGUAGACCCCAGCUAUGACCACAGCAUGUCCAAGAGAGACCCAGGGCCCAUGAUGAAGGGCAGACACAAAUCAGGAAGUGUCCCAGAGACGACCUUUGACCUUCACGGGGACGUUCAUAGUGGCUCCGCUCUCCCUACAAGCAAGAGCUUAGGGAAGCUGGAGAUGGAGCGCUCAGGAAACAGUGAAAGAGGCCUGGUGAAACCCAUGAUUAGAGGAGAACAGCAGGACUUUAACAAACAUGACGGAAGGUCCCAGGAUGGCCCAGAACUCACUCUGCCGGCCAACAUCGAGUUCAGGGAAAACUCCGAGGAUGCCUUCCUGUCUGCCAUCAUUAACUACACCAACAGCUCAACGGUGCAUUUCAAGCUGUCUCCCACCUAUGUGCUGUACAUGACCUGCCGCUACGUCAUGUCCAGCCAAUACCGGCCCGACAUCAGCCCCUCUGAGCGAACACACAAGGUCAUCGCCAUUGUCAACAAGAUGGUGAGCAUGAUGGAAGGAGUUAUCCAGGAGAUUGCUGAAGGUGAUCAGAAACAGAAGAACAUCGCCGGGGCUCUGGCCUUCUGGAUGGCUAACGCCUCAGAGCUGCUGAACUUCGUCAAACAGGACAAGGAUCUGAGUCGCAUCACGCUAGAUGCACAGGAUGUCCUCGCUCACCUGGUUCAGAUGGCUUUUAAAUACCUGGUGCACUGCUUGCAGUCGGAUCUGAAUAACUACAUGCCAGCUUUCCUGGAAGAUCCCGAUGAACAGAACCCACAGAGGCCCAAGAUAGAGGACGUUCUGCACACGCUAACGGGCGCCAUGUCUCUUCUGCGGCGGUGCCGUGUCAAUGCGGCCCUCACCAUUCAGCUUUUUUCGCAGCUCUUCCAUUUCAUCAACAUGUGGCUCUUUAACAAGCUGGUGACGGAGGCUGACUCAGGCCUGUGCUCGCACUACUGGGGCGCCAUCCUGCGACAGCAGCUCAGCCACAUCGAGGCGUGGGCUGAGAAACAGGGUUUGGAGCUGGCCGCAGACUGCCACCUCAGUCGCAUAGUCCAGGCAACGACCCUCCUCACCAUGGACAAAUACUCCAUGCAAGAUGUGCAGAACAUCAACAACACCUGCUUCAAGCUCAACUCUCUGCAGCUCAACGCUCUGCUGAGCAACUACCACUGCGCUCCUGAUGAACCCUACAUUCCUCCUGAGCUGAUUGAUCACGUGGUGGCUGUGGCCGAGAACACGGCGGACGAACUGGCCCGAAGCGAUGGGCGGGAAGUACAGCUUGAAGAGGACCCUGACCUCCAGCUGCCUUUCCUACUGCCCGAGGAUGGCUACUCAUGCGACGUGGUGCGGAACAUUCCCAACGGAUUCCAAGAGUUCCUAGAGCCACUUUGCCAGAGAGGUUUUUGUCGAUUGACACCUCAUCCACGCUCUCCAGGAACUUGGACCAUCUAUUUUGAAGGAGCUGAUUGCGACAGUCACUUCUCAGCUGACACGUCGGAACUGCCAAUGCAGAAGGAACCGGAAAUUGCGACAGUGACUUUGAAGAAACACAAUGGGAUGGGCCUCAGUAUUGUGGCGGCCAAGGGUGCUGGACAGGACAAACUUGGUAUUUACAUCAAGUCUGUUGUCAAAGGAGGUGCGGCAGACAUAGAUGGGCGUCUGGCUGCCGGAGACCAGUUGCUCAGCGUGGAUGGAAGAAGUCUGGUUGGCCUCUCGCAGGAGAGGGCAGCAGAAUUGAUGACACGAACCGGCUCUGUUGUAACGCUCGAGGUGGCCAAACAGGGAGCCAUUUACCACGGCCUGGCCACGCUCCUCAACCAGCCGUCCCCCAUGAUGACCCGCGCAUCAGACCGUGGACGUGGAGACAAGGGAAAGAUGAGACCAAAGAGCGAGGGCUUUGAGCUCUACAACAACUCUGUCCAGAACGGCUCGCCUGAGAGCCCCCAGGGCACGUGGGACACCUAUCCUGAACCAAAGAAGGAGGACAGGUUGUUGAAGAACCGUGCAGACCACCGAUCAAGCCCAAAUGUGGCUAACCAGGCCCAGAGUCCAGGCGGGAAGCCUGUUUACCCAGGAGCCCCAGGAAAGAUCACUUCGGUCUCGACGGGUAACCUCUGCCCUGAUGAGGAGCCCUCUCCUCCCCAUCCAGAGGCGUAUCCCAUCCCCACUCAGACAUACCCAAGGGAAUACUUCACCUUCCCAGCCUCCAAAUCUCAGGAUAGGAUGGGCCCUGGCCAGCCCUGGCAAAACAAUGAACCGGAGCCUCUCCCACUUAUGGAUAACCACUCGAACAACAGCAUGGCUAAUCAGCGGGUGGCGCGCUCUCAGGAGGAGCUGUGCGAGAUGCCGGGCGGGUACCCAGGUGAACGCCUGCACCAGGAAGACCUGUUGCACCUGCAGCAGCAGCAGCAGCGUGAUGCCGAGUACCAACGAGGCAGUGGGGAGCACUGGAACCACCAGAUGUCCUCCUCGGUGGAGUCCAGCACCUCCAGCCAAGAGCACCUCAACUACUCGUCGUCUUCCGGCUCCAGGAUCCAAGGCAACCACAAGAGCGGCCCUGGCCGCUGGAAGACCCCGAUAGCACCCCACUCCGGCCUUCCGCUUCCUCCACCGCCCUCUAUUACACAGCAACAGGCAGCAGCCGCUGCAGCCACGGUUGAACGCAAGAAACGCGAGGAGCAACAGCGCUGGUAUGAGAAGGAAAAAGCCCGGCUUGAAGAGGAGCGAGAGAGGAAGAGAAGAGACCAGGAGAGGAAGCUGGUGCAGAUUCGCAACCCUCCCGGCCCAGUCAUGCACAACAACCAGCACGGCCCAUUGCCACCCGCCCCUCAGCACCAACAGAUGCCACAUCCACAGCCCCCCAUGCAGGUGCCCCAACCGUACCUUCCCCCAGUCCAGCUGCCCCAACUGCCACAACUCGCCCGACCAGACAAGCUAUCCAGCCUUCCCCGCCAGCCGCCACAGGACACAGUAAUUCGUGACCUCUUGCCCCAGCAGCAGCCACGCACCAUCGAAAGACGUGACCUGCAAUACCUCACCAUCAGCAAAGAGGAGCUGUCCGCCAGCGACAGCCUAUCGCCCGACCCCUGGAAGAGGGAUGCCCGAGAGAAACUGGAGAAGCAGCAGCAGCUUCACAUCGUGGACCUUCUAGACAAGGAGAUCCAGGAGCUUCAGGCCAAACCUGAACGCACGGCUGAGGAGAACGACCGUCUGCGCAAACUCAUGCUGGAGUGGCAGUUCCAGAAGAGACUGCAGGAGUCCAAGCAGAACGAGGAGGAUGAGGAGGAGGAGGAUGACGAAGAUGUAGACACCACGCUAAUUAUGCAGAGACUGGAGGCUGAGAAGAGAGCACGGCAGACUGCUGUUCCAGCAAUCUCUGUACUAGACUUGCUGCAGGACGAGGAGCGACGACGGAAACAGCAGUUGGAGGAAAUCCGUAAGCGUGAGGCAGAAGAGCGAGCCAAACAGGAGGAGGAGAGACGCUGGAGAGAGGAGGAGAGAGCCAGACGAGAGACCGAGGAGAAGAGGAGACAGGAGGAAGAGUACUACACCCGCCUGGAGGCAGAGCGGCGCCGGCAGCACGAGGAAGCCGAGCGCAAGCUGCUGACGCCAGACGAGCCUGGAUUUAAUUCAUACACUGGAAACACAACAGGACUAGGAUCAGGAGAGAUUUACAAAGACCCGCGAGAGAAGUGGACAAAAGGCGGCCCCGAUCAGGAGAACUCAGUAGGAGGAGCUCCAGAAAGCCUGACAUUUAAGGAGCGCCAGAGGCUCUUCUCACAGGGAAAGGAAGUGUCGAAUAAAGUGAAAGCAUCCCGGAAGCUCAUGGAACUGGAGAACGAACUGAACAUAAAGCAGUAGCGAAGAGCCCUAGCAGGACUAAUUACAAAUAUGUGACCCAUCCCUGGAGAAAAAAAACACAAAACACAUCCAGCUACGGCUUCCCAGUCAUUUCCAAAUGUUCUUUUUGGGUUUCAUUGAAUAACUGGACGAUUAAGUAUCAUUUCGCUGCAAUAAGAGAUGAUAUUCCGUAAAUUCCCUUGAAAGAUAUAUUAUAAUAAAGCACUGUACAUUGUUUUAAUUAUAUUAAUAAGAAAACUGAAAUUACAUGAAGGGGGUAUAUUUUUGUUUGUGAAAUGUUACUUUUUUUUUCUUUUUUUUUAUAGGCAGUAAUGUGGGAUAUUUUAUGGUGUUAUUUUAUUCUCUUUCUACAUCUUUCCACUAUUUUUUUUUCUUUUGAAAGUAAGUGCUGAUAUAAUAGACCAAUGUAAACCGCUCUCAGUACAGAAUAGGGGUCCGCUUUGGUCCCCGAAUAUUAUCGGAACAGCUCAACAGUAGCGCGUGAACAAAACUUAUAUAGGAGGCUCGUGUUUUUUGUUUAUUAUUUUAUUUUUCCAGCUGGUUCUUCCGCGUUCGUACACAGGCACCUUUCCGCCAAUCUCGUGUCUGCAUUAAAAUGAUUUUGCUCGGAAAACGAGCAACCUUGUUAGCACCAUUUGUGAAUUUCCUUUGAGUGUAGUCAUUUUUCUUGAUUAUUUUAAUGCACCGUCUGCAAGUCUGUCAUUCCGUAAGAGCGCUGAGGUUUACCACUUUUAUAAAAUGUUUAGGAGUUUUUGUGUUUAAAUGCACCGGGCGAUGUGACGCAGUAGCUAGCUGAUGUUGGCGAAGCAAAGUUUGAUGGUAGUAUAAUGUUAAUAAAAAGAGACGAUUUGAAUAAAGAGGUUUUGUGCAAAUGAGAUGCAGGAGACUUUUGAUUAGCAGAUAUUUAUUUGAACCUUAUUGACAUAGUGACAGAUUUGUUCGUUUUUACAAGUCUGGAUAGAAUCUGCAGGUUCAUUUUGAUGGAUGAGCGACAAACGUGAGAUUUAAACACAGUAGGCCACUAUCCGCUGUUUGGUUGUGCAUUAAACGGCUUCCCUCGGCCCACAGUAUUGCAGAUGUUUAUAUAAAUGGAGGAUCCGGUCGUGUCUCUUCAGUUUGAAGCACCUGCAUCUUUUCAUUUAUAGUCUAGACCUGU